CACAUAUCACCUGUUACAGCAAACCAAAAAAUAGGCACGAUGGAGCAAAUCGUCGUCACUACUAACUUUGCCGAAAGUUGCUACUACGAUCAGCAAAACCAAAUCCGUUUUGACCCACCGGUGUACGAGCAACGAUAUUGCACCAUUUUACGCCUGCUUGAAUUGCGGUUUUGGAAGAACUCUUUCAAAAAGAUUGUAGAGUUCGGUUGUGCCGAGAUGAAGUUUUUCAGAUUGCUCCGCUCACUGUCCGCGGUUGAGAAACUGCUUGAGGUCGACAUCGAUGGCAGAUUGUUAAGACAAUGCCAACACCUGGUCAGGCCUCUGCUUGCGGAUUAUAUAGCGCCCCGAGCCUCUCCUUUCACGGUUGAAGUUUGGCGAGGAGAUAUCUCGGUGGCUCACAAUUGCCUCCAAGGUACGGACGUGGUGAUCGGAAUCGAAAUCAUUGAGCAUUUGCAUCAACCGGUGCUCGAUAAGGUUCCAGAGAACGUGUUCGGUUUCAUCAAACCGAAGGUGGCCCUCUUUUCGACACCGAAUGCCGAGUACAACGUACUGUUUGAUAGUUUACUGCCGAAUGGGUUCCGCCACGAUGAUCACAAGUUCGAAUGGACGCGAGCACAGUUUCAGGAAUGGGCCAGCGAUAUCUGCAGCCGGUAUCCGGAUUAUUGUGUCAAAUAUUUCGGCAUCGGCCCACCACCGCUCAACUCCGAAGCGGUCGGGUACGUGAGCCAAUUGGCUGUGUUUGUGCGGAAAGAUUUUUUGGAUAGCUUGUCCGAAUCGAUUGCACUCGCUCAAGAGCCAAGUGACAUUCCAGUACCGGUAGCGGACACCGCAAGCCGACCGAUCGCAGUAUUGAACGAAGAAACAGAUGAAAUCCAUCUCUUGUUCGAUCCAUCGGCCAGCGGUUCGCAAGAGCAAGAACCGGACAACUCUCGAUUUGUGCAUGACGACGUUGAAGCAGCACAUGCGUGGAGACAAAAUGAGGUUGAAAAUUAUGACCUGGCCGAUGAUUAUGAUGAUGGUGAUGACGACGAAUACGACGAGGAUGAGGAAGUGUUUCAAAUUAACGUUCCCGAGGAGGAACUGCGUAGACAAAGAGUACGUAAUGAUAGUGGCAACUACGAAGAAGAAGAGAUUCCGGAAGAUUCAGUCUAUGAGUUGAUCUUCAGUUCGGCUUACCCCGUAACGCCGCCGGAUGAGCGAUCGCGCGAAAAACGUGUACAGGACGCGGCAGAGUAUCAGUUUCGUAUACUGCGUUUUAUUAGUGACGACUAUCUGGAUGCCGAAAACGAUCGCUUUCUUAUUCCGCUGGAAACCAUACGCAAUGGUAUGGUGACGGAGGAGAUAGAAGUUGACGAGCUGCGUGAAAUAUUGUCAGCGGCUGGCUACAAAAUCGUGGACGGUUUCGUCAUGCUGGACGUGGAACAAUCCUCGGAUGAGGAGGACGUUGACUAUGAUUUCGAUGGGAGUACCAGCUACGAACCGUGGCCAGAAGGGAUCGCGGAAGGAAGUAACAAUCAAGUAGUUGCAGGAGCAGCAGUGUGUCUCGCUGAUGACGACGAGAAAUGGGACUAGAGAUCUGUGUGUUUGUUUUUUCAUUAUCAUUUCAUUCCUAUUGAGUUGCGAAACACGAAUUAACGAAAAAAGCGUACGAAUAGAGAAUUACUUUUGAACUUGUUGCGAAUUGCAACAUUACACCUGAAUUACAGCGAAACGUUGUUUAGGUCCGAUUUAUUUUGCACGGACAGUACUUAAUGUAUUUUCCCCCAAAACACUCAUUUACCUCACACCUUUAAGUUAAUUUGAUCCAUUAUCCAUUUGAUCCAAAACAUUAA